AUGGUGAGUAUCGUAUUUCUUCUUGUUUUUGUUCGGUUUUAUUCUAAUGAAUAACAUUCGUGUGAAAACUAUUUUUUUGUGUUUCAGAAGAACAAAAAACGAAUAAUGGUUCAAUGUAUGACAUUUCUUUGCAAAGUCAAUGAAAAUUAUAAUAUUUAUAACGAAGAAUGGGAUCAACAGAAAAUAUCGAAGAAACGGAAAAAUCUUUGUUGUAUUUUGGCUGCUAUAUUAUUUGGAACAUUAGCUUUGAUUAUUAUAUUGAAUUGUUUAUUCUCGCCAAAAACUCCGAAAGCAUCUUAUGAUCGAAAAAAUGAUUUCACGUUAAUGGAUAAGAUUUAUAUAUCUGAUGCAGCUCAGAAGUUACCCAAAAAAGGAAAAUUGUUUUGUUGGGUUCAAACGUCAAAGAUUUAUCAUGAUACAAGAGUUUGUUUCUUUUAUUAAAUAUUUUUUCCAUUCUCUAAAAAAUUUUUUAACCUACAAUUUUUAGUCUCUUGCAAUCAACGAAACUUGGAUUCACCGAUGUGAUCAUGGGCAACUAUUUACAUCAGAAAAAUUCAAUGAUUCUCGGAUUCCGUAUUCUACAGUAUUUGCUGGGAUCCCUGAUGAUUAUUACAAUUUGUUUUUCAAGAGUCGUUUCGCAUUUCAUUAUAUUCAUAAUCACAUUUCUGCAGACUUUGACUGGUAUUUGAAAGUGAGUCAAUGAAAAUUUUCAUUUUUUUUUCAAUUCCAAAUUGUAUUUUUUCAGGCCGAUGAUGAUACAUUUGUAAUCGUGGAAAACCUUCAAAAAUAUCUUGCUCAUCUGAAUCCCGAUGAACCUCAUUAUUUAGGAUAUGUUUUAAAACCAUAUUUGAAAAAUGGAUAUAAUGCGGGAGGAGCUGGAUAUGUAUUAUCACGAGCCGCACUCAAAUUAUUUGCUGAACAUUUGUAUUAUAAUGAAAGUGCAUGUCCAGAUGAUAUUUAUGAAGAUGUUGGAAUUGCGAGGUUGGUUUGAAUAUUAUUUUAGAAAACUUGUUAAAAAAAUCUUAUCAGUUUCUUUUCAGAUGCCUUGCAAGUGCUGGAAUAUAUCCUGAAGACACACGGAAUUCCAAAGGUCAAAAUCGAUUCAACACAUUUUCACCGUCAAACACUUUUCAUCAACUGAAAGCAAAUAUUGAAUGGGUUAAAUACAAAGAAAAUAUGGUGAGCUUUCUUUCUUAUUGCCAAAAUUAAAAUUCAAAAUCAAAAUUGUUUCAGGGUUAUGAUGCAUUCGCCAAUGAUUUGAUCUCAUUCCAUCAUUUAACACCAGAUGAAAUUCGUUUAUUUGAUAUUUUACUUUAUAGAACAAAAAUUGCAUAG